ACUCCCCAAACCAACGAUAAAUCCAUCCAGGCUGGAGGUAGAGGAAGGGACUCCAGUGACGUUGAGCUGCUCGGCUGUUGCUCCCUGUCCCAUUCUCCCCCCAGCUCUGACAUGGACGCCCAGUAUAGGUGACAUUGAGGAGAACAUAGACACUAAAUCUGUGACCUCUGUUAUGAACUUCAACGCUUCGUACCUCCACAAUGGACAGAAGAUCUCCUGCACCACUGUCUACAACCGACAAGCUGGCAACAGCGACAUUCUGUAUGAAAAAAGUUUGACCCUACGUGUUCUUUAUCCUCCAAAUAACAUAUCUAUCAGUUACACUGGUCCAGUAAAGGAGGGCAGCUCGGUGACUCUGACUUGCAACGCCAACGCAAAUCCAGCUGUGGACAGCUACACCUGGUACAAGUUGGAUGGAGAUCAGGUGACAGUAGUGGGUUCUAAGAAGAGGCUUUUAACCACGGUCUCAGAAGUCGACAGCAAAUUUUGCUGCAAAGUCAGUAACCGAUACGGAAUCCAGAACUCAUCCAUCACUCAGAUAGACGUACAAUUCGCUCCCAAGGGCACGACAGUAAUUGUUGAACCUGCUGGUCCCAUACUGGAAGGCAGCUCUGUUUCUCUGAUCUGCAGCAGCCGUGCCAACCCAUCAGUGACCAACUACACCUGGUACAGAGACGAAGAAGAGGAUGAGGAGCGUGGACCGGUCUUAGCUCUAAAUGGUGUCGACCCAAGCCAUAGCGGUGACUACCGCUGUGAAGCAAAAAAUGACCUGGGAGAAGAAACUUCAGCAACGAUUCAGCUGGACAUUCAGUAUCCCCCUAAGAACACCUCAGUGCUGGCUGACCCCUCUGGUCCGGUACCGGACGGCAGCCCUACGACUCUGACCUGCAUAAGUGUCGCCAAUCCAGCAGCGAUGAACUUCACCUGGUUCAGAGUAGCUGGAAGAGAAAACGAGGUGGUGGGUUCUGGGCCGGACUUCACCUUCAACGUGACCAAACUCUUGGAGGAUCAGUACUACUGUGAAGCUCUGAAUGUCCACGGAGCUCAAAACUCAGAGCCUGCCAGUAUUGAUGUCACGUUUGCUCCAGAGAUCCUGCCUUCCUCCCGCUGCAUCAAGAUUUUAUCCCAGUUUCGAUGUUCCUGUGACAGCCAGGGGAACCCGCUUCCCUCCCUGGUUUGGGAAUUGGCUGGGGAGCCUGUCAAUCACUCUGCUGACAUCCCAAUCAGGGAAGUUCCCCUGGGGAGCAUGAGUAUGAGGAGCGUCAUAACUCUGUACCGCCUGGAAGAAAACAUGCCACCUCUGGUCUGCCUCAGCAGCAACUCACUGGGCUCUGAUAGUGUGGCAUUCAACGUGUCCUCCAGUGAAACUCAGCUAGGCCUCCAUACUGUGUCUCUGUUGAUUGGCUCUGCAGCGGGAGCACUGGGGAUGUUGCUCGUGUGUGUGCCACUGUUGCUCCUCUGCAGGAAAAGGAGAGGCAGCCUUUCACCUGACCAGGCGCUGGUGGACACUUCAGAAUUUUUAGCCACUAAUGAGACCAAGUCUUCAAAAGUGGAGAUUAUUAGUGCCAAUAAAACCAUUCAAGAGGAGGAAGGAGGUGGAAGUAAAACAGACACACUCCACUAUGCCAGUGUGGACUUUAAUAAACUCCAGGCCAAUACAGAGGGAAAACUGGAGGAAGGGGACAUUGGAGGCCUGGCCUCUAAGACGACAUAUGCUGAGAUCCGCCUGCACCCCACAGGAUGCAAUGGUGGCGAGGCAAAGGAAGGAGAAACUGUUGCAGACACUCAUCUUGGACAAGGGAAAGGAGUUGAUGCUCUUAUAUGACAGGUCAGUGACAAGGUGAUGGCUUAACUUUAGGGGAAAUUACAGCUGAAACACAGGAUUCUGGCCUUUAAACACCUACUUAACUAUAUUGGACUUUAGUGUUAAGCUGUCGAGAGAGGCUCAGCUGAGAAGUCUGAGUAGAAAACUUCUUAAAGUCUGCAGCAGUGGAGACAAUAUCUGUGCCCCAACACUCCUUCCACAGUGAAGAUGUCCAGAAAUUCAGUUUUCAGAGUUGAUUGAGAAAACAUUUUGGCUUGCUGUUAGCAUACCAGGACUGGUAACAACUUUUUUUUCAGUCUUCUGAUUGGCUGACACAGCUGUACGGUUAGAGUAAUAUUGGAAUAAUAUGGCAUUAACGGUGUGUUUUUGCAUCUUCAUGUGGAUGGAGAUUUUUUUAAGAAUGAAGGUGGAAAAACUCAGUUUAAAAAAAAUACCUGUGUGUGGCCUAAAUGUUCCUUUGAAACUCUUCAAUGUAGUUUACUACUAUAGAUAAAUGCUGCCACAUUUACCAUGCUACUGUUUAUAUUCAGUGUUUCAGCGCUAACAUUUGUCUUAGGCCGGAGGUAUACUUUCUUUGCUUUUUAACCACGUGUUAGCAUAGACAACCAGCUGCUGAUGUGAACAUAUUUCAAG